UCCGACCAGUAAUCACUUUUCCCGUGAGGCGCGUUGCCGGUGGCCUGAGGCUUCCGGUGCGUGUGCCGUUUGAUGCCCUCCAGAGCGCGCUGAGGUGGAGCCGGCCGGUACGGUCCUGCUUUUGUGUUUUUAACAUUCCCAUACCCCGCCCCUCUUGCCCAAAGGAAAUUGAGGCCGAGAAGACUGGGCCCCAGGACGGCGAGCAGUGAGUGGCCGCCGCUCGAAUCCGAGUCUGGAAGUGCUGCUCAUGGACUAACCAGAUGGACCGAACGGUUUCAGGGUAACAGGGCACCUUUUAUUCAGAUGUUUCUGGAACGUCGAAAUUACCUUGUUUGGAAAGAAUCAUCCCCUCUUUGGGCAUCAGAGGCCUAGACUGAGGCGCAAUGAUGAGAGGAUGUGGUGGUCCACUCUGAUGUCAAUCUUGAGGGCUAGUUCUUUUUGGAGGUGGAUAUCUGCUCAGACAGUAAGAAUUAUAAAAGCUCUGAGAGCUCAUUUUGAAGGAAUAAUGGCUGAACCAUCCCCCUUAGCUAAACCUCUGGAGCUGAACCAGCACUCUCGAUUCAUAAUUGGCUCUGUGUCUGAAGAUAAUUCAGAGGAUGAGAUCAGCAACCUGGUAAAGCUGGACUUACUGGAGGAGAAGGAGGGCUCUCUGUCGCCUGCUUCUGUCGGCUCAGAUACACUCUCUGAUUUGGGGAUCUCUACCCUACAGGAUGGCUUGGCCUUACACAUGAGGUCCAGCAUGUCUGGCUUGCACCUAGUAAAGCAAGGUCGAGACCGAAAGAAAAUAGACUCACAGCGAGAUUUUACUGUAGCUUCUCCAGCAGAAUUUGUUACUCGAUUUGGGGGGAAUAAAGUGAUUGAGAAGGUUCUUAUUGCCAACAAUGGUAUUGCAGCAGUGAAAUGCAUGAGGUCUAUCCGUCGGUGGUCUUAUGAGAUGUUUCGAAAUGAACGUGCAAUCCGAUUUGUUGUCAUGGUCACACCUGAAGACCUUAAAGCCAAUGCAGAAUACAUUAAAAUGGCAGAUCACUAUGUACCAGUGCCAGGAGGACCAAACAAUAACAACUAUGCAAAUGUGGAAUUAAUCCUUGAUAUUGCUAAAAGGAUCCCCGUACAAGCAGUGUGGGCCGGCUGGGGCCAUGCUUCUGAGAAUCCCAAGCUCCCAGAACUCCUGUUGAAAAAUGGUAUCGCCUUCAUGGGUCCUCCAAGCCAGGCUAUGUGGGCUUUGGGGGAUAAGAUUGCAUCUUCCAUAGUGGCUCAAACUGCAGGUAUCCCAACUCUUCCCUGGAGUGGCAAUGGUCUUCGUGUGGACUGGCAUGAAAAUGAUUUUUCGAAACGCAUCUUAAAUGUUCCCCAGGAACUAUAUGAAAAAGGUUAUGUGAAAGAUGUGGAUGAUGGGUUAAAGGCUGCAGAAGAAGUUGGAUAUCCAGUGAUGAUCAAAGCCUCAGAAGGAGGAGGAGGAAAAGGAAUCAGAAAAGUCAACAAUGCAGAUGAUUUCCCUAACCUCUUCAGACAGGUUCAAGCCGAAGUCCCUGGAUCUCCUAUAUUUGUGAUGAGACUAGCCAAACAAUCUCGUCAUUUAGAGGUGCAGAUCUUGGCAGAUCAGUAUGGGAAUGCUAUCUCCUUGUUUGGCCGUGACUGCUCUGUACAGCGCAGGCAUCAGAAGAUUAUUGAAGAGGCACCUGCUGCUAUCGCUACUCCGGCAGUAUUUGAACAUAUGGAACAGUGUGCGGUGAAACUUGCCAAAAUGGUUGGUUAUGUGAGUGCUGGGACUGUAGAAUAUCUCUACAGCCAGGAUGGAAGCUUCUAUUUUCUGGAACUAAACCCUCGACUACAAGUGGAGCACCCUUGUACAGAGAUGGUGGCUGAUGUCAACCUGCCUGCAGCACAGCUCCAGAUUGCCAUGGGGAUCCCUCUGUACAGAAUCAAGGAUAUCCGUAUAAUGUAUGGGGUAUCUCCCUGGGGUGAUGCUCCGAUUGAUUUUGAAAAUUCUGCUCAUGUUCCUUGCCCAAGAGGCCAUGUUAUUGCUGCUCGGAUCACUAGUGAAAAUCCAGAUGAGGGUUUUAAGCCCAGCUCAGGAACGGUUCAGGAACUGAACUUCCGCAGCAAUAAGAACGUUUGGGGCUACUUCAGUGUUGCUGCUGCAGGGGGACUUCAUGAAUUUGCUGAUUCUCAGUUUGGUCACUGCUUUUCCUGGGGAGAAAACAGAGAGGAGGCAAUUUCAAAUAUGGUGGUGGCUUUGAAGGAGCUAUCUAUUCGGGGAGACUUUCGAACUACAGUUGAAUACCUGAUCAAAUUGUUGGAGACUGAGAGCUUUCAGUUGAAUAGAAUUGAUACUGGCUGGCUGGACAGACUGAUAUCAGAAAAAGUACAGGCAGAGAGACCUGACACCAUGUUGGGAGUUGUGUGUGGGGCUCUUCAUGUGGCAGAUGUGAGCCUGCGGAAUAGCAUCUCUAACUUCCUCCACUCCUUAGAAAGGGGUCAAGUCCUUCCUGCUCAUACACUUCUGAAUACAGUGGAUGUUGAACUUAUCUAUGAGGGAGUCAAGUAUGUACUUAAGGUGACUCGACAGUCCCCCAACUCCUAUGUGGUGAUCAUGAACAGCUCAUGUGUAGAAGUAGAUGUGCAUCGGCUGAGUGACGGAGGACUGCUCUUGUCCUAUGAUGGCAGCAGUUACACCACAUACAUGAAGGAGGAAGUGGAUAGAUAUCGUAUCACAAUUGGCAAUAAAACCUGUGUGUUUGAGAAGGAAAAUGACCCUUCAGUGAUGCGCUCACCUUCUGCUGGGAAGUUAAUCCAGUACAUUGUGGAAGAUGGAGGCCAUGUGUUUGCUGGCCAGUGCUAUGCUGAGAUAGAGGUGAUGAAGAUGGUAAUGACCUUAACAGCUGCAGAGUCUGGCUGUAUCCAUUAUGUCAAGCGACCUGGAGCAGCUCUUGACCCUGGCUGUGUAAUAGCCAAAAUGCAGUUGGACAACCCCAGCAAGGUCCAGCAGGCUGAGCUUCACACGGGUAGCCUGCCACAGAUCCAGAGCACAGCACUCAGAGGCGAGAAGCUCCAUCGAGUGUUCCAUUAUGUCCUGGAUAAUCUGGUCAACGUAAUGAGUGGAUACUGCCUUCCAGACCCUUUCUUUAGCAGCAGGGUAAAAGACUGGGUAGAGCGGCUGAUGAAGACCCUCCGUGAUCCCUCCUUGCCUCUCCUAGAAUUGCAAGAUAUCAUGACCAGUGUCUCUGGCCGUAUCCCCCUCAAUGUGGAGAAAUCUAUUAAGAAGGAAAUGGCUCAGUAUGCUAGCAACAUCACAUCAGUCCUCUGUCAGUUUCCCAGCCAGCAGAUUGCCAACAUCCUGGAUAGCCAUGCAGCUACACUGAACCGGAAAUGUGAACGGGAAGUCUUCUUCAUGAACACUCAGAGCAUUGUUCAGCUGGUACAGAGAUACCGAAGUGGCAUCCGAGGCCACAUGAAGGCUGUGGUGAUGGAUCUGCUGCGACAGUACCUGCGGGUAGAGACACAGUUCCAGAAUGGGCACUAUGACAAAUGUGUGUUUGCCCUUCGGGAGGAAAACAAGAGCGACAUGAACACUGUACUGAACUAUAUCUUCUCUCAUGCUCAAGUCACCAAGAAGAAUCUUCUUGUCACAAUGCUUAUUGAUCAGUUGUGUGGCCGAGACCCUACUCUGACUGAUGAGCUGCUGAAUAUCCUCACAGAGCUAACUCAGCUCAGUAAGACCACUAAUGCUAAAGUGGCACUUCGAGCACGCCAGGUUCUUAUUGCCUCCCAUUUGCCAUCAUAUGAACUUCGCCAUAACCAAGUCGAGUCUAUCUUCCUAUCAGCUAUUGACAUGUACGGACAUCAGUUUUGCAUUGAGAAUCUGCAGAAACUCAUCUUGUCUGAAACAUCUAUUUUUGAUGUCCUGCCAAACUUCUUCUAUCACAGCAACCAAGUAGUGAGGAUGGCAGCUUUGGAGGUGUAUGUUCGAAGGGCUUAUAUUGCCUAUGAACUUAACAGUGUACAACAUCGCCAACUGAAGGACAACACCUGCGUGGUGGAAUUCCAGUUCAUGCUGCCCACAUCUCAUCCAAACAGAGGGAACAUCCCCACGCUAAACAGAAUGUCCUUCUCCUCCAACCUCAACCACUAUGGCAUGACCCAUGUAGCUAGUGUCAGUGAUGUGCUGUUGGACAACUCAUUCACUCCACCAUGUCAGCGGAUGGGCGGAAUGGUCUCUUUCCGGACUUUUGAAGAUUUUGUCAGGAUCUUUGAUGAAGUGAUGGGCUGCUUCUGUGAUUCGCCACCCCAAAGCCCCAGUUUCCCUGAGGCAGGUCACACAUCUCUAUAUGAUGAAGACAAGGUCCCCAGGGAUGAACCAAUUCACAUUCUGAAUGUGGCUAUCAAGACUGACUGUGAUAUUGAGGAUGACAGGCUGGCAGCUAUGUUCAGAGAGUUCACCCAGCAAAAUAAAGCUACUCUGGUUGAGCAUGGAAUACGACGCCUUACUUUCCUGGUUGCACAAAAGGAUUUCAGAAAACAAGUCAACUGCGAGGUUGAUCAGAGAUUUCAUAGAGAAUUCCCUAAAUUUUUCACAUUCCGAGCAAGGGAUAAGUUUGAGGAGGAUCGUAUCUAUCGUCACCUGGAGCCUGCCCUAGCUUUUCAGUUAGAGCUGAACCGGAUGAGAAAUUUUGACCUUACUGCCAUUCCGUGUGCUAAUCAUAAGAUGCACCUGUACCUUGGGGCAGCCAAGGUGGAAGUGGGCACAGAAGUGACGGACUAUAGGUUCUUUGUUCGUGCAAUCAUCAGACAUUCUGAUCUGGUCACCAAGGAAGCUUCUUUUGAGUACUUACAAAAUGAGGGGGAACGGCUGCUCCUGGAAGCCAUGGAUGAGUUGGAAGUCGCUUUUAACAACACAAAUGUCCGCACUGACUGCAACCACAUCUUCCUCAACUUUGUGCCCACAGUCAUCAUGGACCCAUCAAAGAUUGAGGAAUCUGUGCGGAGCAUGGUAAUGCGUUAUGGAAGUCGGCUGUGGAAAUUACGUGUCCUCCAGGCAGAACUGAAAAUCAACAUUCGCUUGACACCAACUGGAAAAGCAAUUCCCAUUCGCCUCUUCCUGACAAACGAGUCCGGCUAUUACUUGGACAUCAGCUUGUAUAAGGAAGUGACUGACUCCAGGACAGCACAGAUCAUGUUUCAGGCAUAUGGAGACAAGCAGGGACCGCUGCAUGGAAUGUUAAUCAACACCCCAUAUGUGACCAAAGACCUGCUUCAAUCAAAGAGAUUCCAGGCACAAUCCUUAGGGACAACAUACAUAUAUGAUAUCCCAGAGAUGUUUCGGCAGUCCCUGAUCAAACUCUGGGAGUCUAUGUCCACUCAAGCAUUCCUUCCAUCACCCCCUCUGCCUUCUGACAUGCUGACAUAUACUGAGCUCGUGUUGGAUGAUCAAGGUCAGCUGGUCCACAUGAACAGGCUUCCAGGAGGAAAUGAGAUUGGCAUGGUAGCUUGGAAAAUGACCCUUAAAAGUCCUGAAUAUCCAGAAGGUCGAGAUAUCAUUGUUAUUGGCAAUGAUAUUACAUACCGAAUUGGGUCCUUUGGGCCCCAGGAGGAUUUGCUGUUUCUCAGAGCUUCUGAGGUUGCCAGGGCAGAGGGUAUCCCUCGCAUCUUUGUAGCAGCCAACAGUGGAGCAAGAAUUGGACUGGCAGAGGAAAUUCGUCAUAUGUUUCACGUGGCCUGGGUAGAUCCUGAGGAUCCUUACAAGGGAUACAAAUAUUUAUAUCUGACCCCUCAGGAUUAUAAGAGAGUCAGUGCUCUCAACUCUGUCUAUUGUGAACAUGUGGAAGAUGAAGGAGAAUCCAGGUACAAGAUAACUGAUAUUAUUGGGAAGGAAGAGGGAAUUGGAGCAGAGAACCUUCGAGGUUCUGGGAUGAUUGCUGGAGAGUCCUCACUGGCCUAUGAUGAGAUCAUCACCAUCAGCCUGGUUACAUGCCGGGCCAUUGGGAUUGGAGCUUACCUUGUUCGGCUAGGACAAAGAACCAUCCAGGUUGAAAAUUCACACUUAAUUCUGACAGGAGCUGGGGCCCUCAACAAAGUCCUCGGGCGGGAAGUAUACACCUCUAAUAACCAGCUCGGGGGCAUCCAGAUCAUGCACAACAAUGGAGUGACCCACAGCACUGUCUGUGAUGACUUCGAAGGGGUUUUCUCUGUCCUGCACUGGCUGUCUUACAUGCCUAAGAGUGUGCACAGUUCGGUCCCUCUCCUGAACUCCAAGGAUCCUAUAGACAGAGUCAUCGAGUUUGUGCCCACGAAGGCCCCAUAUGAUCCACGGUGGAUGCUUGCAGGCCGUCCUCACCCAACCCAGAAAGGUCAAUGGUUGAGUGGAUUUUUUGACUAUGGAUCUUUCUCAGAAAUCAUGCAACCCUGGGCACAGACCGUGGUUGUUGGCAGAGCCAGGCUAGGAGGAAUACCUGUGGGAGUAGUUGCUGUAGAAACGCGAACAGUGGAACUAAGUAUCCCAGCUGAUCCUGCAAACCUGGAUUCUGAAGCCAAGAUAAUCCAGCAGGCUGGCCAGGUUUGGUUCCCGGACUCUGCAUUUAAGACCUAUCAGGCUAUCAAGGACUUCAACCGUGAAGGGCUGCCUCUCAUGGUCUUUGCCAACUGGAGAGGCUUCUCUGGUGGGAUGAAAGAUAUGUACGACCAAGUGUUGAAGUUUGGUGCCUACAUUGUGGACAGCUUACGGGAGUGCUCACAGCCUGUGAUGGUUUACAUUCCUCCCCAGGCCGAGCUUCGGGGUGGCUCCUGGGUAGUGAUUGACCCCACCAUCAACCCCCGGCACAUGGAGAUGUACGCCGACCGAGAAAGCAGGGGAUCAGUUCUGGAGCCAGAAGGGACAGUAGAAAUCAAAUUCCGCAGAAAGGAUCUGGUGAAAACCAUGCGUCGGGUGGACCCAGUUUACAUGCACUUGGCUGAGCGACUGGGUACCCCAGAGCUAAGUGCAGCUGAGCGGAAGGAGCUGGAGAACAAGUUGAAGGAGCGGGAGGAAUUCUUAAUUCCUAUUUAUCGUCAGGUAGCUGUGCAGUUUGCUGACUUGCACGACACCCCAGGCCGGAUGCAGGAGAAGGGUGUUAUUAAUGACAUCCUGGAUUGGAAAACAUCCCGUACUUUCUUCUACUGGCGACUGCGGCGUCUUCUGCUGGAAGACCUGGUCAAGAAGAAAAUCCACAAUGCUAACCCCGAACUCACAGAUGGCCAGAUCCAGGCCAUGUUAAGGCGCUGGUUUGUAGAAGUGGAAGGAACAGUGAAGGCGUAUGUUUGGGAUAACAACAAGGACCUGGUGGAGUGGCUCGAGAAGCAGCUGACAGAGGAAGAUGGUGUUCGUUCCGUCAUAGAGGAAAACAUUAAAUACAUCAGCAGAGACUACGUCCUCAAGCAGAUCCGCAGCUUGGUACAGGCCAAUCCAGAGGUUGCCAUGGAUUCCAUCGUCCAUAUGACCCAGCACAUCUCACCCACUCAGCGAGCAGAAGUCGUCCGGAUCCUCUCUACAAUGGACUCUCCUUCAACGUAGGAACUGCUUCCUGUCCAUCCUUGCCCUGCCUCUGGAGAAAAGGGCUAGAGCUGCUUUUACAACUGAAGUGACUAUCGGGAAAAGGCCCAGGAGACCCAGCACUGGAAUCAAAGCGGCAUUUUGCUUCCCCUCGAAUUUCAGAUUAUGCAUGACUCACUGGGAUAAAGGGUCACAAAGCUCUCAAGCCAGCCCACUGGUCACACCUGUCCCAUUCCAUAUUUAUUACCCUGGUGUGUGACUCUAGCCCUCUCUCCCUACCCAGUAGCUGAGAAGGCAAUGAAGGGUAUAAGCAUAUACCAUGACGUCUUACUACACAGAAGCAGGGUUACUCCCCCUGCCCUGCCCAGUCCUUGUUCCCAGCCAGGGAAGUGUGAGUUGUUGCCAGGUAGUCAGCAGCCCUCCCUCACCCCUGGCCCUAUGAGCCUGCAUCCACAGGCAACAGAGGAGGGCUGGAGAGAGGAGGAAGCCUCAGUCCAUUGUUCCUCUAUUCCGAUAUUCAGCCCAGUACACACGAGGCACUAGAGAGGAAUCAUUCCCAGUUUAAUCAUACCAAGGUACCUGUUUAUGAAAAAUGAACAUAUGAAAUCUGCAAGCUCACAGGGACAUAAAAAUAAGAGCAAAACCAUGAUCCAGGAAGCAGAGAAAGAAAAUAGACCAAGUCACUGUUGUUGAAUUAGGGGCCUCAACUUUGGGCUCAGUUCUCUUAGAUCAGAUGGAAAGAUGGUUCACAGUCCCUGCAUGGCACUGCUUGACUGGCCAGCACGUGGGAGGCCCCAGCCUUCUCCCAGGGGUCCCACAGGCAGUGCUGCAGUCUGAGGUGGCAGAGGACGAGCCGGGGAACUGCCCUUCUGUCACUGAUGGAGAGCAGUUCCUCAUGCCCUAUGGAGCAUGGGCCAGAGCGGCUCCGUGUUCAGGACUCAGAGGUGGUUACUGUUAAACCUGGGGCUUUGAUAGUCACAGGAGGUUCACAGUGCCUACAGUCACUCACCUGUUCCAUGGCAAUGCUCCCAGCAGCUGAUGCUCCUAUCCCUCUGGGUCUUGCCUCUUCCUGGAAUGUACACAGGCCACAGAUACAACAGGUCUCCCCACAGUUGCUGUAGGAAACCCUGGUGACAUCUAUGCUCUUAGCUCCAGGAACCGGUCGGGAGGCUCCCAAGGAGCACAGACUCCACAUGACCGUGAUGUUAUCUCUGACUCCAUUAUGGUGCUGCUGCCCUCCAGGCUCACCGGUCCCGCCCUGGCCAGCAGUGGUAGGAGCACCUCAUGCGUGGUGGAGAGUGUCUUUUCAACAACCAGUUUAUUCAAGGAAAGAGCUUACUGGUUCACUUUUGGGAUUCUUAAAGCCACAGUAGCAGGUGAUCAGGGCUGGUGUAGCAUCCAGUUCCUGGAGUGCGGCUAAUUGCAUUUGUCACUGAUCACCAAGGAGGAAAUCAUAUCACUAAGACAUGUUAGAAGACGUUUGUACAAGCUACAGUUCUGAGCCUUAACCCUCUGUGUCACACACAAGACAGACCUCUACUUACCUCCUUUGGAGGCUGUUUGUGCAGCCGGGUAUACCUACCUGCAGAAGCUCAGUGCCGCCGCCAGGCAGCCAUCAAAGAAGGGCAGAAGGUGGGGGACGACUUUCAGUCCAGGAAGAAGCAUCCACUGUUGCUGGUAUCCACAUACCCAGGAAUUAAGAAUUGGAUUCAUCUUUGGCCAGAUUAUUCUGUGCUUUUCUGCAGUAAGUAAAAUCCCACAUACCUACAGGUGGUGUGAAUUCCUGCACUCCCCAUUUGGCCUGUCCCAGCAUUUCUUCAUAGGCAGGGUGUCGGGUACUUUUAUUGUACCUCUCCCCUGCCACCAAAUUAUGACACAUUAAGUGAAAACAUUUCCUCUCUAGAACUCUAUUAUCCCUAUUCUGCCAUGCCCAGAGUGCCUCACUCGAGGUCUUACCCUGGCUAAGGAUUUCUCAUAUGGAGAAGUCAGAAAGUCAAAGAAUGAGAGCAAUCCACUAUUCCCACAGCCCAUUACACACACAAGGUUACUGAGGCAGGAGGAGUAUAGAUGAUGUAUUGACCAAGACUUGCUGGAACUGAGAUCAUCAUAUUGUCCAUUAACAUCAUUCACAAAGCAGCCUUCACUUGUCUCAUUGAGAAUUUGAUGGACAUAUACCCUGAUGAAUAAGGAGCUUCAGUCAAAUGUAUUCUUUACACAUUUUGUUGAAAUAAACCUCCACAUUUGUAGAAGA